GAGUUAUCACUGAUGGAUUGCUCCGCAACCGAACUGCCGCUACCUCUGGAAAACGGCGCAAGCGAGCGCUGCAUCACUACGACCGUGCAGGUGGACAGAGCUGUGCAGGUGUCGUCAUUAUUCUCGGUUUCGGCAAUGGACAAACGAAAGUGGAGACGUAAGGAGCGAGACUUGAACGCGCGAAUUUAGCGACUCAAGAACACCGCCGACAAGUACAAACAGGAACUGCAAAAGCUCAAGGAAGAAUGCUAUGUGUCUGCAUUCCUGCAAGUUGUGGAGAAAGCGAAAGAGAAAGACCUGGCUGCUUCAAUAUUAGUGGAACAAGUUCAGAAUUUCGCGAAGAAGAAACCAACGUGGUCUGAAGUGACAGUGAGCCAUGCUGUGGUUUUGCGUAAUCUCUCGACUCGUGCAUACGAACACGUAAGGAGCACAGGUAUUCUUCGACUUCCCUGUCGAAGUACCCUCGAGCGCUUUAUGGGCUCAUCACGUGGAGAAGUUGGCAUGACCGAACUCGUGAAGCAAAGGCUGUCUGCAGAACUCGCUUCUCAUCCCUCGUUGCAUGCGAGGGCAUGCUCUUUAAUUGUAGACGAAAUGCGCGUCAAACAACGGCUACUGUAUCACAAGCAAAGAGAUGCCUUCAUCGGCGAAGUGGACUAUGGUGUGAACUUCCCCAAAGAAACAACAAAUGAGCCUGUGCUGGCCAACUCACUCUUUUGUUUCGUCCUUAACGGCCUUUCAGUUUCGUUCAAAAUACCCGUGGCGUACUUUUUCGCGAGAAACUGCACUGGCCGUGAGCUGCACAUGCUCAUGAGACACGUUCUGAAGGAAGUUGAAGAAAUAGGAUUUUUCGUCGUGCGCAUUGUCACAGACAACCACAAGAUCAAUGUCUUGGCUAUGCAACUUCUGUGCAACGGAAGCCUCAAGCAUUGCAUUAACCACCCUGGCAAAGCAAAUCGAAAGCUCUUUCUUGCAUUCGAUCAGUGCCACCUGAUCAAAAACGUGCGAUCACAGUUUUUGUCCCGUGACAACGGAAAAGGCGGCGAAAUAUCAGCGAACCACUUGAAGAGCCUCUACAGAAUGCAGCAAGGCAGCCUUGUAAAGCCAGUACGAUUUUUGACGAGAAAGCACGUAUUCCCUACGAAUAUGGAAAAAAUGAACGUGCAGAGAGCAGUGCAAGUUUUUUCUCCUCCCGUGACAGCUGCUAUGAAGCUCUUGCAAGAGCAGGCGGGCCACACGUGCGACGCAAGCUUCGCGGGUGUCGGACCGACGGUGCAAUUUAUGGACACCGUGCACCGCUGGUUCGUGCUCAUGGACGUGAGUAAUUGUACCCAGCACAUACAUCAGAAGAAUGCUGACUGCAAGCAGUUUGAAUCUGCAGGCGAUGAAGGACUAAUCUGGCUGGAGACAAGCUUCCUGGACUACCUGGCUGAUCUCAAAAGUCAGUGCCUGGCAAAGAACUUUCUAACCAAAGAGACUUAUGAGGGUCUUGUGAUCACAACUCGUUCGAACGUUGAGUGCAUUAGAUAUCUUCUUGAAGAGAUGUCUUUUCACUUCGUUUUGACGAGGAAAAUGUCAUCGGACCCAAUCGAGUCGUUCUUUGGCUGGCUCAGGAAAUCAGCAGGAUCAAAUGACCAAACGGACGUCCGCGCCGUGCUCACAGGCAUUGAGAAAACCCUCAAGACCGGUUUCGCAUCGGCGUCGAGUACAAGCAACAUAAUGGCAGCAGAAGAGAGUGAUUGCUUGUCAACGCUGCCGCAACAGAAAAACACAAGGGAGCAAACCAGCGAGGAAUUCCCUGCAGAUGCACGUAGAGAGCUCAUAGAGCGACUAAACCGAGAUAAGCCUCUACUUCCCACUCCAGAUGUGGCCGCUUCUAUGGUUGGUGGCUACCUCGCAAGAGCCGUACGAGAAAACUUCGAAUGUGUGGAGUGCUUCGCGCUCUUAACAAAGCCAAACGCCUCGACACCAUUGGACUCGCUCAUUAAACACCAAGACCGCGGUGGACUUCUUUACCCGUCCGCACAAUUUCUAGAUGUUCUCUACGCACUACAGAAGUUCGUCGAAGUUCUUCUAGCAAGAAGAAGGCGUAUGCAUCACCCUCUAAAAGAGGUUGUGAACAAUGCUACCGAAAUCCUCCGCGAGCACAAAGCUUUGAUGUGUUCGAAGCCAGGGCACCAAGAGAAUUUGCUCAAAUUGUUGCUUACGAAGUUCUUUCGCCCAAUAUUCACCAAUUUCGCUCUGAAAGCGACAGACAAACAAGACGUCGCCAAAGUGUUCGCAAUAAAGCCACUGUCACGAAAGACCCUGAAACUGUGAGCUUGAUCUCACAGCUGGGGGCCUAAGUGAAAGGUCCAGUUUUCACAAUAUGUCUCGUGUUGCUUGCUUUCAAUGUACUGUGGGGAUGGAAAGAAACGCGAACAGUGCGGCACCUACAUUCUCUGAUAUUUCGCAUUUCUUUUCGAGUGGUUGCGGCCUGCAUGAUAACUAGAAGCCACUAGAAUACAACUAUUCUACCAUC